AUGUCCCCCCUAAUCGGACCAUCCUUCAUUUCCAACUUCGACCCAUCAUCCUCAAGGGCCAUAGAAAAUGCGAAAAAGGUAUUUCCAAGUCUUCUCGAUAACCUAUUCGAGUCUGGCAAACUGGAUCGCAAAGACUUGGCAUUUACCAUCGAUGUGUAUUCAGCCGCAACAAACGAUACUAUUUUUAGCUACUCGCACGUCGGAGAAAAGUCGAAGGAAACCCUCACAUCUGGCGAAUUGAAUGAUCAUACGAUAUCGCGUACUGGGAGCGUCACUAAGCUCUUUACUGUCUACGCAAUCAUUGCAAAGGCCGGAAUGGGGGUUUUCAGUGACCCUGUAACCAAAUACCUUCCCGAGCUCGCGAAUAAUUCUUCUUCCGGUAAUCCUCUGGAUAGUGUUCGCUGGGAAGAUAUUACUGUGGGAGCUUUGGCUGCUCAGCAAGCCGGCUCGGGCGGUAUAGCCGAUUUUUUCAAGGCAUAUCUGGACCCCGAAAAUCCAUCAGAAUAUAAACCCGAAGACCUGUUUACAUUCUUCCGUGAGAAGCGACUGCCCGUCAUCGCUCCGUAUCACAGCGCCAUUUAUUCAGAUGGGGGCUUUGCAGUCUUAGGCCAAGUCCUUGCCCGGCUAUCUGGCAAGUCUGUUACAGACAGCUUCGAAGAGCUUCUCUGGAAACCCCUGGGGAUGACCAACACAUCGACCCGAGUACCAAAGGGCUCUAACCUCAAUGUCAUCGAUCGCACUUCCGUUGCUCAUAAAUCAUCACUGAACAUGACAGCAUGGGGCCAGGAUCUUGAAAUCGUCGCAUCCACCGGAAGCAUCUACUCCAACACAGCCGACCUCCGCAAAGCAGGUCUCUCAAUCCUAAAUUCAGAACUCCUCUCCGGUCCCACAAUCUCCGAAUGGAUGAAGCCUCGCAGCGCAACAGGAACAUUAGUCGAACUAGUCGGCGCACCGUGGGAAAUCUCCCGCCUUGAAAUCCCCGUCACGCCCGACUCAAACCGAACCCGAGUCUCCGACCUUUACACGAAGGCUGGUGGGAAUAUCGACUACACAGCCAUCUUCGCUCUAUCACCGGAUCAAGGUAUCGGAUACAAUAUCCUGAUCGCUGCGGCCGAACACGCUGCGGCCGAGAAUGCAGUCCGAAACCUGGCUGGUACGUUCGUUGAUGAGAAGAAUUCUGGUAAUAAUGUCACGCUUAGCGUUGACCGUGGUCAUCCUGGCUUGGGAUUGAAGUCUUUCUGGUUGAAAGGAAAAAAUGCUCGUGAUAGUCCCCAUUAUCGUCUCUAUCCGACUGGUUUGAACUCGGUCUCCAGGUCGCUGUCUUCUCUUUAUAGGACUGAAGGGACGAUGCGUAUUGCGCAUCGUGGGGUUAAGCCAGGCGUUAAGCCGGUGGAACCUCGGGCUGCUGUUGAGGGGGGCAAAGGCGGUUUGUUUGAUGAUUCGUUUAUGUGGAUGGCUCUUGAUCAGGAGGGACCGGUGGACUUGUUUGUUUUUACGCUCGUUGAUGAGAAGGUGACUGCUGUUGAGUUUCCUUUGACAGGUGCUGUUAUGAAGCGUGUGAAGUAG